ACACUUUCCGUAUGAGACUGGUUUCUGCCAUCUGUGGUUUUCCUGUGAACAAGUUCCACAUCUACUUCUCUAUUCAAACAAUCCUCUCUGACACAGUCACCAUCUUCUGUGAAGUCACACUAAGAGUCUGUAGAUGUCUGGUAAAUGUCGUUGUUCAUCCCUGAUAUGGCAGGUCAUCUGUUUCUGGUCAUCCUCCUUUUCGACACCUUCCAAUACAUCGAAGCCCAAGGUCAAUACCAAGGUCAUUAUCCAAAACCAACCAUGACAGUCCGUUUUGAUGAGGUCUUCACCGUCAUCUGCUUGAUUCCUGGAUCCGUCAGUCCUGACUCCACCUGUAACCUGUAUGUUGGAGAGGAGAGUCAGCCAUUCCUCACAGUAAAGAGCAAAGAGAGAAAAGCCAUCUCAGCACCCGGAGAGCAGUUCUGCCAAUUCACUCCAAAACAUAGUGACCUGAUCAGUCAUCUUCAGUCAGUGAGGCGUAAGGAGGUGAGCUGUGACUACAGAUUGAGCUCAGGACCAAACUCUCUCUCUUCACGCAGUGAUGGAUACAGCUUUACACAAACUGUACAUGUCAACCUGACUCCUCAUUCUACUGAAUCAACCGCUCCACUCAUCACAACCUCUGAGAUCUCUACAGGAAACACCACUGACCCCACACUGACUCCAAUGGUGAAAGAAACCGUACUUGUCAACCUGACUCCUCAUUCUACUGAAUCAACCGCUCCACUCGUCACAACCUCUGAGAUCUCUACAGGAAACACCACUGACCCCACACUGACUCCAAUGGUGAAAGAAACCGUACUUGUCAACCUGACUCCUCAUUCUACUGAAUCAACCGCUCCACUCGUCACAACCUCUGAGAUCUCUACAGGAAACACCACUGAACCCACACUGACUCCAAUGGUGAAAGAAACCGUACUUGUCAACCUGACUCCUCAUUCUACUGAAUCAACCGCUCCACUCGUCACAACCUCUGAGAUCUCUACAAGAAACUCCACUGACCCCACACUGACUCCAAUGGUGAAAGAAACCGUACUUGUCAACCUGACUCCUCAUUCUACUGAAUCAACCGCUCCACUCGUCACAACCUCUGAGAUCUAUACAAGAAACUCCACUGACCCCACACUGACUCCAAUGGUGAAAGAAACCGUACUUGUCAACCUGACUCCUCAUUCUACUGAAUCAACCGCUCCACUCGUCACAACCUCUGAGAUCUCUACAGGAAACACCACUGACCCCACACUGACUCCAAUGGUGAAAGAAACCGUACUUGUCAACCUGACUCCUCAUUCUACUGAAUCAACCGCUCCACUCGUCACAACCUCUGAGAUCUCUACAGGAAACACCACUGACCCCACACUGACUCCAAUGGUGAAAGAAACUGUACAUGUCAACCUGACUCCUCAUUCUACUGAAUCAACCGCUCCACUCGUCACAACCUCUGAGAUCUCUACAGGAAACACCACUGACCCCACACUGACUCCAAUGGUGAAAGAGCCACUUGAUUUCCUGUGGCGUCACAUCCUCACUGUGUUGGUCCUACUGGCUACUUGUGGAGUACUUAUACACUAUGUCAUCUCCCAUCAAUGCCCAAAAGCUGUUCCAAAGAGAAGCAGGAGGGUGGACCAGAGAAAUGAAGACUUUUAGUUGACAGUGUGCUGUGCCUACCCACACACACACACACACACACACACACACACACACAAACACACACACACACACACACACACACACACACACACACACACACACACACACACACACACACACACACACACACACACACACACUUAUUUUUACAUUCAAAUGUUUUUAUUUUUUAUUUUUAUGCAUCUUUGAGAUUUCUGUGAUUUUUCUUUAGAAAUUGAGUGCAUGAUAGUGUUGCUAGGCAAGUUGACAACUUAAUGUACAAAGUGUACAUUCAUACAUUUACUGUACAAAACAUUAAGAACACCCUCCCCAAAGUUUGAAGUAUGUUACUAACUAGCAUUAUGGACUCUACAAGGUGUUGAAAGCGUUCCACAGGGAUGCUGACUCCAAGGCUUCCCACAGUUGUGUCAAGUUGGAUGGGUGUCCUUUGUGUGCUGGACCAUUCUUGAUACACAAGUGAAACUGUUGAGCAUGAAAUCUGCACACAUUCAUUUUUGUUUAACAUCGUUUUCUUACCUUUUCUAUAAUCUUUGUUGAAAUUGACUGCAUGAUAGUGUUGAAGGCAAGUUGCACACAGCAAUGUUAAUUAUUAAAACUUUUCAAAUAACA